CCACCCAUCACGGAGCCCAUUCUUCAGAACACCGCCGACUCGACCAGCCAUCUUUACAACAAGUCUAAGACAUACGUGACCAUCAUCAUCGGAGACGGUGACAACAUUGAGUUCAUGAAGGGGUCCAGGAGAGAUUGGAUGAAAGAUCGCGUGGCGCGGUGCGCAGUGGACAAGUCUCAAAGAGGAUGCUUUCCUUUGACUUGGACCAUCUCCCCUCAUCUUCUAUACCUCGCACCCGACUGGCUCCGCUGGUAUUAUCACCAAUCGUACGCAACAUCCCACGAUUAUUUCGUGUUGCCGCCGAGCGGCCACACGUACGCGUACCCAGGCAUGAUGUUGCAAGAGGAUCAACGGAGAUUUGUGAGAUUGACCGUGGAGGAUGCGCAUUUGCUCAACACAAGUGGUAUUGUAGCCUGUGAGUUCAUGGGUUAUUGGCACCACGCCAUCAACGAAUACUUCCCUCGAUACUCUGAGCAAAACGUCGUACGUGGCCUCUUUGGUGUAAACGUUCCAUACAUGAUCCCUGUUGCCGAGUUUGGCUUCCGGGAGCAGUUCAAGGUACUUGGCAAAGAAGGUAACGUGGUGCUGUUCCGUCCAAAUGAGUGGCGUGGUUCAAAAGAUUGUUCCAAGCAGAGCGUCAUCAACGCGGCGAUAUGCAGGGAACAUUUCAAGAACGCAACAGAGAUGUCGGCGCACAUCAAUAGUUUUCAGCCAGGCACGGUGGCGGCAUUCUAUACUACCAGCGAUGGCGGGAUGGACAUGCAGCUUAUCUACGACACCGUCAAGCUUCUCGAAGACCACGUCGAAGUCGUAAAUCAGGAGGUUCUCGUCGAGAUGGCCCUGGCCAGCGCGAAGCAUGCAGACUCCGGUGCGGAUGCUGUCGUCGUCUGA